AGGUGCAAGUAUAAUGAUGUAGUACAAGUUCAUAACGAGACUGGUUUGCACCGUGGCCGGUCAUGGAGCGAGGUAUUCUAGUGUUCGCGGCCCUAAGCUGUGUCUUCUGCAUCGCCUUAGCAGCAGAGAAUUCCUGCGGAGACUGUCUCAUUUUAACACCUUACAUUAAAAAUGGCAGCGCUGCAUUAGCCAGACAACUUUCAGAAGUAAACUCAUCAAGCUUCUUGGACUACAAGAGUCAUUCAGGCUUCAUAACAGUGAAGAAAGAAUAUAACUCCAACUUAUUCUUCUGGUUCUUCCCCGCGGCAACGGAUAUAUCUGAAACGCCUUUAAUAAUAUGGCUGCAAGGAGGUCCGGGCUUCUCGUCUAUGAAAGGACUUUUUGACAUCGUUGGGCCCAUCAAAGUGGAGAAUGGAAAAGUUGCAUCAAGAAACGUGUCAUGGGCCGAUCACUCCUUGUUGUUCCUCGACAAUCCGGUCGGUGCUGGCUUCAGCUUCACAGAUGACGAGAACGGAUAUCCCGACAACGAAGAUGAUGUCGGCGAACAAAUGCUGGAGUUCCUCAAGCAGUUCUUGGAGAUGUUCCCAGAGCUGCGAUCAGCACCGCUGUUCGUAAUCGGCGAGUCGUACGCCGGGAAGUACGUGCCAGCACUCGCCAUUCAGAUCCAUAGAUACAAUGAGGAGGAUAGAGAACAGGAUAUCAACUUAAAGGGUAUAGCAAUUGGCAACGGUCUGGUAGAACUCCGGAACAUGAUGCACUAUAGCACCAUGUGUGAGGUGCUGGGCAUCUUGGAAGGUCAUCAGAUUGAUCACUUGGAGACGUUGGAGAAACAGGUCGUCAAGCUUAUCGAUAGCAAGAAGAUGGUCGAUGCUGCUAACAAAUUCAACGAAACAAUAGAAUACAUAAAGAAACAGAGUGGCGUCAGCAUAUACAACUUUGUGGAGGAACCUUCAUCAGGGGCUCCCGAAUUUGAAGAAUUUAUCAACAGGAGCGAAGUCAGAGAGCAGAUACAUGUGGGCAACACAACCUUUGACUAUAACAACCAGUUGGUCUACGAGAAGAUGUUGCCAGACUUCGCUAAUAGCACUAAGCCUUUUGUUGAAGAGCUUUUAGAGCACUAUGGAGUUUUGAGCUACAGUGGUCAGUUAGACAUAAUCCUGGGCUACAGCCUGUCGAAGCAUAUGUACGAAACACUGAAAUGGUCGCGGCGCGAGUCGUACGCGCAGGCCCCGCGUCGCCGCCUGCGCAGAUACGCUAACGGAUCCGUUGUCGGGUACAGGAAAGCAGGUGGAAAUUUCGUGGAGGUUCUCAUUCGAGGUGCUGGUCACAUGGUGCCAGUUGACCAACCAGACGUCGCCAAAUUCAUAAUAGACAGUUUCAUAGAGGAGUUCAAAUAAACGCUGUAUUUUAUGUACAAAA